AAAGACCCACAACAGGUUUUUUACUGUUAUUUUCAUUAUAUUUCACAUAGCCCAUAGAGGGGGAUUAUUCACAGCGUGUUCCAGCAUGAGGUACGGGCAGCAUUUGGACAAGUCACUUUAUCCUUACAUUAUAAUCGAUAGCAGUUAGCAUUGAAACCACACGAUAAUUACAUGCUGACAUUUAUGAAAAUAAAAUGAUACCUUAUAGAUUCAUUUUUAUUUUUUAUAAAAUGCCCAUUCAACAACUGAUGGGGCGAGCUCACAAACAUGUGAUGCACAGACAGGUGACAAUUAAUUGACAUUGUAAGCAACCAGUAUUGACAAGGCGUGGGUAGAUUCUGUCCGCGAGAAGAUAUUUUUAUUUAUUUAUUAGCCAUAUCAAAAUCGGAUUAGUGAUUAAAGAAAACAUCGAUUUCAUUGGAGUCUCCUACACUGGACUGGCUACAAGAGAGCGACGUCGCGGGCAUUGAAGUGGCGUCCGCGGGCAUGGGUUUGGUGUCUGCUGUUGACCACUGAAUAUGGCGGAGCAAAGGCAAGACAUGUACAUAGAAGGCGAGCUCGCGGGAGAUCAUUACAUGGAGGACCCGGAGUUUGAAGCCAUCAAGGCACGGGUGCAAGAGAUGGAGGAGGAGCGGCUGAGAGCAGUGCAUUAUGAGGCAACAGAAAGCCAGAUCCAGGCAGGAAUGUUCUAUACAAUGACCCAUGAGGAAAGGAUAGAUGCUGACAACAGAUCUGUCUAUGUGGGAAAUGUGGAGUAUGGUGCCACUGCAGAUGAGUUGGAGAUCCAUUUCAAUGGCUGUGGUCCUGUCAACAGAGUAACCAUCCUUUGUGACAAAUUCUCUGGCCAUCCCAAGGGUUUUGCAUAUAUUGAGUUCCAUGACAGGGACUCAGUGCAGACUGCCAUGAGCCUGGAUGAGACGGUAUUCAGAGACCGAGUCAUAAAGGUAUUGCCUAAAAGGACCAACAUGCCAGGAAUCAGCACCACAGACAGGGGGAUUCACAGAGGUGCUCGAUCUAGGGGACGAGGUUUCCACCCACCCAGAUACAAUGGGUAUCAACAAGGCAGGUUCCGAUACAACAUUGGCCCCGCCAGGUCAGUCUCACCACACCCCUACGGGCCCCCAGCUGGGAAAAGACACUGGGGGGUUCCUGAGCACCGUGAGCAGGGCCCUAAACGGCACCCAUGCCUUCUCCUCAUAACCCCACCCACUGACCACUCGAGGCCAGGGCACACUGGACACAUGCACCCGCAGCAACACUACUGAAUCACGUCUGGAUUCAAGUGAUUGUUUAAUAAACAUGGAAUGUGAAUUUCAGGAAAUCGUGAAUUGCUCGUUUCUACUCAUUUGCAAAUGAUUUUCCAUGCAUGUUAAUGGGCAGAAAUUGAGACAAGCACAGAUUUCAACCUCAUUGAAUUAAGUCAUAUGGCAUCUUUUGUUAACAGCCUCCAUAAAAAGUUAUUGCAACUUAAUCCUAACAAGUCAGACUUUGCAAUGGCCAUUUUGUCCUAUUGUAGGGGGCAUGGGAGGCCAGCCUUGGUUUGCUGCUUAUUACUGUAAAAGAUUGUGCCUAUAGUGGUUUAUUUUAGUUGAGCACAGUUUCUUUUAAUUAUUUACCCAAAGAACUGUUUGACUGCACAGCCAUUUGCCAUGUCAGAUUCUUUUUUUUGUAAGGAUGUUUUGAUCAGAUCACUUAUUUUGUUGGUGUGGCUAUUGAGCUUGUAAGUAUAGUUGUUGUUAAAACAACACAAAUGAUACAAUUUGCAUUGUGAUUGGCUUUCUUUUGGCUUAACUAUAUUGACAUGCAAUUGGCAGUUUGCUUCAAGUACAUAGCUCAAUGUUUAUCACUGUAUAUGUCAAACAAUUUUUGCUUUACAAAUUAAUAAAUGAAUUACACUUGA